CUGUGAUCUACUUCAACAAUGAACACUGUCGAAUACCACUAUCCCGUGAUUGGCCGCAAGGGCACUGGAGGCGUAUUUGAUCGAUUGCCUAUCGAGACGCUGGAGAAGGACCAUCCUUACCAAUUUGCAUUGUUCAUCCUUGCCUUUGCCGCAAUUCAGCAGCGUCCCGACGCUCUCCAAGUCAUGGAAGAGCCUGCGGGCACGUUCAUGGAAAUUGCGUCGAUUCACGGAAGGCCUUUCAUUGAAUGGGCAGGUGACCGCAACAAUGACACCUCAACUGACUACAGCGCCACUGACAAGAAAGAUACCGAUCCCGUCCCUGCCAGAUUCAGAGGUUAUUGCAACCAUGGUGCCGUUGUUUUUCCUACUUGGCACCGUCCAUAUGUCAUGCUUAUUGAGCAAUCCAUCGGAAACAUUGCCGACCAAUUGGCCCACGACAUCGAAGCUAAAAACCCACAUGAAUGUGGAGUGUGGGUUAAGGCUGCCAAGGAACUGCGUUUUCCAUACUGGGGUUGGGCCGAGAAGGAUGUUUCUGAGAAUGGCCUUCCUCCUGUUCUGUAUGAAGAUAAAGUGGAAAUCAUGGCCGCUGGAGGUCAAAAACAAAUCAUUGACAAUCCUCUCUCGUUUUUCUCGUUCGUCGAUGAGAUCCCAUCGGACUUCGGUGAUGAGACGCUCAGGACGGGACAAGUGGCAUACUUCUCCAAGUGGCACAGGACAUACCGCUAUGCUGUUAGUACUGCGAAUCCAGAAGGAACUGAUUUAGACUUUAUAAGGGCGUUCAAAGCCGGGGCAAAGGAUCUCAGAAACAAAGUCGCUCAGCUCUUUGUAGUAAAUGAUAACGAAGAUUCUGCAUUAGCCUGGGAUGAAUUUUCCAAUCAUACGAUGCAAUUGAAGAGAGAAAUGGAUAAUUACAAUUUCGGGUCACUUGAAGGAGUCCACGAUGCUGUUCAUACAUUGGGUGUAGGCGACAUCCAUUUGUUUCAAUCUUUGAAAUAUGCUUACUGCAGCAAUGACUUAGGGUGGAACUGGACACAUGACACUUGCAGAGCGCCCCAGACUACGCCGCCUUCGAUCCUUUGUUCUUCCUUCACCAUUCGAAUGUGGACAGACUUGGCUCUAUGGGAGUGGUGCUACACCGAGUACUGGAUGGAAAGCGGGUAUGAAAUCAAAGGGCAAUCAUACCCUUGGACACAGCAACUCGGUACAUAUGCGCAAGUUUACAAUGCACAGCUCCUUCCAGACGGGCCACUCCAACCAUUCCGAACGGAACAAGGAGACUACUGGACCUCUUCUCAAGCUCGAUUUUUGCAUGCAGACGCCUACCCCAAGUAUUAUUCGUAUCCCGAGUUGGCAGGCGUUAAAGUUAAUCAAGCUCCCAUGUCAUCCGACGAGCGUGCUUUGGCACGUAAGAAAAUUGCGGCCUACUACAGGUUUGAUCCACAGACCACAGCGCAACAGGUGGCGGCACCCGCUUGGACGCAACUUCCUGUUCCAGACAACAACCAUCCUGCCGUGCCAGCCGACCACGCUGUUAUUCCUGAAUAUCGCACAUUUGCUGUGCAUGUGAAACUUCUGGAGCAUGCUUUCAAUGGCUCCUACUCAUUCCAGCUCUACCAUAAAGGAAAUGAUAAUUCGCAGCUCAUAGGUACUGUCGCAGUCUUUGCACGGCCAGACCAUUCCCCCUGUAAAGCGUGUACUCUGCGUCGUGAGGCAGGGACUGUGAUUCACGGCGUUAUCCCCAUUCCUCCCGCAUUGAUCGAGAGUAUCAUGAAAUCAAACGCCGACGGCGAAACGGUGGCUACAUUCGAUCAGACACUCACUCUGUCAUAUCCCAUAUAUUCACGCUUCUCUUCCGGACUUCGGACCCUGAGAUCCGGUCCGGUCCGAUCCUAUUCGGUAUUUCCUCUUCCCGGUGUUUCGGUUAUGCUUAUUACCGGUAUGAUUACUGAUCCGUUAACCUAUGUCUCAUUUCCGACUCGCGUUUGA